CCAUUGUGUGUUGAUUCGAUCUCUUCCUAAUAGCUCAAAACGACGACGAAGUAUCGCGAAGAGAAGACGUAUAUUUUGCAUCCUGCUUCUCUUUGGUAUCUUACUAGAUCUAUCCGUUGUAAUCGGGGCCUCUUAAGGCCUUAGCACUGUAUUUUUCAGUGCUACGUGCUGCAUUUAUGCGACAGGAAGCCUUGAAUAUGGACAUUUCCAUGACCCAACCGAUUACACCAGGACGUGUGUCACAGCCCGCUAUGGAAGACCACCGAGUUCAAACCAGCGAGUUGAGAAGAAUGGAAUUAGAUAUGGUAACGGACGGACAACCCACAGCGAAUGGAAGUAAGUGCCUCCAUGCUAAACGACCACGCACGGACUCUGAUAACGACAAUCUCAUAAACGACAAUGAUAGUCGAUGCAGCAACACUGAAAACGUCGAACACAACGACGAGAACAGUAACAUGGAAGAUGACGAAGGUUUCAUUACCGUCGUUCACAAAAAGAACCGGAAAUCAGGAAUCCCUGUCAUUCUCCGUCCCGUGAAACCUGAUGAGUCUUUCCUGGGCGCCAACCCUAACACGGUUGCCAGAGAAGUAAUGACGGCAACUCAAGAACGGAUCAAGAACCACAGAAUUGCAUCUGACGGCAGUAUAGUAAUUACCGUGGCCACCCUGCCCGCAGCGAAAGCCCUACUAGCUUUAACAAGCCUAGCAAACAUUGCAGUGACUACGCGGGUGCCGGAUUCUUACGCAAGAAAUGUAGGCAGGAUAACCGGCCUCAGAACACGGUAUACUGAUACACAGCUGUUGGAAUUCCUCCGUCCAGCAGGUGCCGUUGAAGUCCGCAGACAGCAGUUUUUCCGCACCAAUGAAGAUGGCACCACAAAAGCGACAGAUUCAGACAGUGUGAUAAUCACUUUUAAGUCAGAUAUCAAGAUGCCAGAGCAUAUCGAACUCGGCUUCAACACAUACCGCGUACAGGAGUACUUUACCCCAACACAAAAAACCAUAAAAGUCCAUACAGAUUAUGUAUGGACUUGUGUGGACUCUUACGACUUUGAAUGGAAAUGGUAUGGAACGCUAUGGAAUUAUAUGGUCCUCAAACGCUACGCGUACGGACUGCUACGGUGCACCAAUGGAAUCCAUAUGGCAUGUGCGGACUUCUAUGGUGGCCGUACGGGUUCCAUAGAGAGUGUGUACGGAACUCUAUGGCAGCCGUUCAAAGUCCGUAGAGCGAGUUUGCGGACUUCUGUGACGGCCGUACAGGUGUCCAUACAGCAAACUUCUGUGUGUACGGAAUCUCUUGGCAGGCAUAGAAAUCAUAUUUAGCCGAAGGACGACUAGAUGUAAAAUGCGCUGUGUGCGCAUCACCGUGACAUGGUUGCUGCUUUGCGCAUGCCGCAACACUUUCACCACUAUCAUAGAGAUUUUUCCAAACUGCAAUCUGUUAAAGCGGAUUUGUUUACGUUGCUUUUUUAGCUUACGGCACACAAUCAAGCUGUUUGCACUGUUUACAUAACAUAAUAAUAAUAAUAAUAAUAAUAAUAAUAAUAAUAAUAAUAAUAAUAAUAAUAUAAAGUUGUUGUCAUUCGAGGAGAAAAAGAUACGCUGGUGCUAGCAACAGGAAUUAAGGAAGCAGAACCCGGCUGGCUUUGGAACAAUCAUUGAAUUUCGCCUAGUGCUAUACUCAAUAACAUAUAUAUGUUUGAUUAAUUUACAAUAAAGGGCAGAUGGGAUACGUUGAUAUGCAGGAAUAAAAUGAUUCAAUAUUUACUUGUUGACGCAUGAUAGGGAUCUAAAAAUAGGCAAACAAUAUUGAAGUAUCACAUAGGCUAUGCUGGUCCUUUGUUCAUAUAUCGUUGGGUGCCGCUCGUGGCGAUUUUCUGGAGAUAUCACGAGUUAUCCUUUUCGUGAUUUGACAUCAUUCUCAAUGCCUUGAAGUGAGCGUUCUAUAAUCACAAACACAAAUACACGCACAUAAUUGGCGUAAUACUUUCCGUGGAACGGUGUUUUCAUAACACGAAAAUGCAAUAAUAGAACAGAAACCGAAACAGACAAACUGCCGUCUAAGAAUGGCGAUGGUCGUCAACGUAUGGCACUCUGAUUAAUGUUAUGGGGCACUGUUAUUUAGUUUGAGAAAAAUGAUGGUUAAUCCGGUUAAUCUUUUGCGCAAAGCCAAAAGUCGGUAAGAAAUAAUAUAUAAAAAUUACCUGUUGCUAGAUGCACUUUGCCUAGGGGGCUACGUGUCGCUGUGUUUUUGGCUUUGGGUGGUUAUGGCGGACGUAGGCGAAGCACGUUGUUUCUGUGUGAUCAAUUUCCUUUUUCAGCAAAACCUUUCUUGGCUGCACAACGUAUUUUAAUCUGCGUGCAGUGUAUGAACUCGUGAUAUAUGCGGACAAAGUGGAGGUAGUUACUACAGUGUCAAGAAGUUGCACUUCCAUGAAGGAUCGGUGGACGAUUUUAGCUCAACGGCUGUUUAUGCCUGCUGGCGAAGAAACGAUGGACUGUUGUCCCGCCAAGGUGCCGAUAAUGAAAGAAAACGUGCCUUAUCAAGACAGUGUGACGUCCACAAGCAAGUGCCACAGAUUUUUUAUGCUCAUGACACGGAUGCAGCUCUGUGGUAGGACUACGCUUUAAUACUUUUUAUUUUCGUUGGGAAACGGUGUGAAUGGCAUUUUAUUUCUCACUACUUCUCACGUGUACACAGACAAGCAUGACAGUGUGAGUUUAAAAUGCAUGAAGUCAAAGCAUGGAUCUCUGUUAAUUUUAUUACUCCCAGUCUGCAUUUGUCAAUGUUCUGUUUUUUCUUUUUUUGUAGGAUGUUACUGUGGAGCAAAGUCCAUGUUCAUAAAUGCAUCUACUGCUUACGUUAGUUACUGUUAAAGCUGCUGAUACCACACGACAAAUACUGUGGCAUGAACAAGGAAAUUUACAACUCAGGCAUUGCUGUACAACCAAUUGGAGAGGUGCACCAUACUGAGAUCUCGUUUGCUUUGUCCAAGUAAACAACACUUAGAUAUAUAGAAUACGAAGCUUGUGCAAUGCAUGUUCUACACUGCAGCAGUGGGAGCCUGACAAAAGAGCAGCGGUGCAGCGUAGUUGGCAUGCUUAAGACUGAACUUAUAGAACGGACCAAAAGUUGUAAGGCAUGUUGGUCAGUAUACUUAUUCAUCAUGGGCAGUCUGAUAAAGGCACAGCAUUCCACUAGCAGCCAACGUGCCAAACCAAACCUUUUUCGUUCAAGAUUUUAUGCCAGUGCUAGAAAAACGGCUCUGGAAUAAAAGAUACUGGUUCAUAUCUGUUCAGUGCUAAUGUCAUUAUAGGCACUAUCAACAGCAUUGUCUGUAAACUGUUUUCAGAUUGCCCUGUGCCUAUUGGCACAACCAGAACAAACACAACAAUCCGAAAACAGUUUACAGACAAUGCUGUUGAUAGUGCCUACAGCACCAUUAGCACUGGACCAAUAUGAACCGCCAUCUUUUAUUCCAGAGCUGUCUUUCUAGUAUUCGUACAAAAUCUUGAACGAAAAAGUUUCGGUUUGUCACAUUGGCGGCUACUGUAGCUGUGUCUUCAUCACAUUACUUAUCGUGAAUAAGUACAAUGACGAAUAUGGCCUACAGCUUUUGUUCCAUUUUAUAAGUUGUUGUCCCAACCAUGCCAACUACCUUGCUGCUCUUUUGUCAUGCUUCCACUGCUGCAGUGUACAACAUGCAUUACACGAGCUUCUUAUUCCAUGUGUUCAAGAGCUGUUUACUUCCACAUAGCUGACAAGAUAUCAGUGUAGUGCAGUUCUCCAAUGGCAGUACCCCAAUGUCUGAGUUGUAGAUUUCAUUGUUCGUGCCACGGUAUAGUAUAUUUAUUGCAGUGUAUGUGAAGCCUGCCGGUACCUGUAUCAGGCUGGUUUGAAAAAUUCUGCAGCGAGAAGUGGCAAGAACAGUGCGGUCACCUAGGGAGCUCCACGGACAGAUCAUGACUGCAAAGCGGCGCCAGCAGUUGCUGCUGUCACGAGUUGCUUUCAGGAGUACACUGCCACGAAGCCCAGCCGCAAAGGCAGAAGUCUGACUGAGUGAAUUGAUCCAAUUAACGGCUACUUGGCUGACUUCCUAAAAAGGCUCAAACACUCACGUCUCAUCCCAUCAUCUUGCGGACUGCCACACAUACCCAUGCCAUACAGCAAGGUCGGGGGCCAUACAGGCUAUGGACUCCAUAGGAGGCCAUACAGUGUACGGACUGCCA